GAGCGCUCACAUGCUCUUCGUGUUUUAACCAGCAUCCCAAUGCAGAGACUGCAUGAUCAUCCUAAUGGCAACCAGCGAGGAAGAAUGUGCUAUUAACACAUACAGCGAUCGUCCGCGAAUGUGUUUUAUUAAGAUUUUUCCCUAGCAAGGGAAACAAGAUAUUAAUUUUGGAUUUUUUGCUCAAGAACCGAACCUGCUAUGAUGUCUCUGAAAAGAGCGAUUUCCUUUCUGUGCAUCUUUGGAGCGAUGUACCUCGUCCAUUCCAGCAAACCUACCCGACAAAUAGGAGACGCCUUAUUGAAUGGGAAAGCGAGUCGGAAUGAUAGCAGGUUCAUUGGAAGGGAAAAUACCCUCCCUCUCCGUUUAAUUUACCGCAUGGACAACGACAUCCAGACCGAGCAUCAUAUACUGAAUACCAGGAUAAAAACAAGUUCAGCGUUACAGUCAACUCAUGUUGCACAAGCAAGCUUUCAAGUCGAUGCGUUUGGGUCAACAUUUAUUCUAGAUGUGGAGCUAAACCAUGAUUUGCUCUCUUCCAAGUAUGUAGAAAGACAUAUUGCAGAAGGAGGAAAGUCUGUAAGUUCCAAGGGUGGAGAGCACUGUUACUACCAAGGCACAAUCCGAGGGGUGCCAGGAUCGGUUGUGGCUCUUUCAACAUGUCAUGGACUCCAUGGGAUGUUCUUUGAUGGAAGUCACACCUACAUGAUCGAGCCAGGUGAAAGCAACGACUCUACUGGGGAUUCUAAUUUCCACAUGGUUUACAAAACAGCUGGUUUGGACAUACUGCUGGAUAUGCAAAGAAAUGACACACAUUCAACAUUUUCGGCUACACCUGUACGCUUAAGGAGAAAAAGACAGGUGUCUCGUGUUCCACGCAGUGUUGAAGAUGAGAAGAAAUAUGUCGAGCUAAUGAUUGUAAAUGAUCACCUGAUGUUUAAAAAACAUCGCCUGUCUCUGGGUCAUACUAAUAACUACGCCAAAUCAGUUGUGAAUAUGGCUGAUAUAAUAUUCAAAGAACAGCUGAACACAAGGAUUGUCUUAGUUGCCAUCGUCACCUGGACUGUUGACAAUAAGUUCAACAUUGAUGACAAUCCACUCGUAACCUUGCGUGAAUUCAUGAAGUACAGACGAGAUUUCAUCAAAGAAAAGUGUGACUCUGUUCAUCUGUUCUCAGGAAGCCGAUUCUAUAGCAGUCUGGGUGGGGCUGCGUACCUGGGUGGCGUUUGCUCUUUAACUAAAGGCGGAGGAGUUAAUGAGUAUGGAAAAGCAGAUGAAAUGGCUGUUACACUGGCACAGACCUUGGGGCAAAACAUUGGAAUCUUUUCAGACAAGAAAAAAAUGAUCAGUGGAGAAUGCAAGUGUGAAGAUACAUGGUCUGGCUGCAUAAUGGAAGACAUUGGCUAUUACCUUCCUAAAAAGUUCUCCCAGUGUAACGUGGAAGAAUACAAUAAUUUCUUAAACAGUGGAGGCGGGGCCUGUCUCUUCAAUAAACCGGCAAAGCUGUUAGACCCUCCCGAAUGUGGUAACGGAUUCAUUGAACCAGGGGAAGAGUGUGACUGCGGUAGUCCUGCGGAAUGCUUGAAGGAAGGAGGAGAUUGCUGCAAAAUGUGCACACUAACACAGGGCUCAAAAUGCAGCGAUGGCCUCUGUUGUAAGAACUGCCAGCUGGAACGAAUGGGGACUGUGUGCCGAGACUCUGUGAACGACUGUGACAUCCCAGAGAACUGCACUGGGAAUUCAAGCGAGUGUCCUCCAAACAUUCAUAAAAUGGAUGGGUACGCCUGUGAGAGAGAUCAGGGUCGUUGUUUUAAUGGGCGAUGCAAAACUAAAGAUGGACAGUGCAAAUAUAUUUGGGGUGAAAAAGCAACAUCUGCAGACAAAUUUUGUUACGAGAAAUUGAACAUAGAAGGGACAGAAAAAGGAAAUUGUGGCAAAGACAAAGACACUUGGAUUCAGUGCAAUAAACAAGAUGUGCAUUGUGGUUAUCUCCUGUGUUCCAAUAUCUCACCUGCUCCCAGGCUGGGGGAGCUUCAGGGAGGGUUGACUUCCUUCUCAGUAGUACAACAAAGCACAGCUUUAGACUGCAGUGGUGGUCAUGUGAUUGAUGGCGAUACUGACCUGGGGUAUGUGGAAGAUGGCACACCUUGUGGAGCUGAUAUGAUGUGUUUUGGCCACAGAUGUGUUUCUGUACAAGCGUUUAACUUCAGCACUUGCCCUGGUACCACUGAUACGAGAAUCUGUUCAGGGCAUGGGAUUUGCAGUAAUGAGCUGAGGUGUGUUUGCCACAGACACUGGACUGAGGAUGACUGUGGUAUUUACUCCCCCUUCAAAAAUUCUUUAGCCAUUGAUGAAGCAGUUAGGCCCAGAGGUAUUGGUAGCACAAAUAUCAUCAUAGGUGCCAUUGCAGGUACCAUCCUGGUGCUGGCUCUCAUUUUAGGAAUCACAGCAUGGGGUUAUAAAAACUACUGCAAACCAAGACAAAUGCCACCGGGCGACUAUGUUAAAAAGCCUGGGGAAGCCGACUCCUUCUAUAGUGACAUGCCUCCUGGAGUCAGCACAAACUCUGCAUCUAGUUCUAAGAAGAGGUCUGCUUAUCUGUCGCAUUUUCAGAUAUAUACCUGUUCCUUCACUCGUUCCAUCCCCUCCAUUAGUCAGAACAUUUCAUUGUUUGGCAUCAGAUCAAAUGGGUUGUCUCAUUCAUGGAGUGAAAGAAUCCCAGACUCCAAAAACAUCUCUGACAUCUGUGAAAACGGACGCCCUCGAAGUAACUCCUGGCAAGGAAACCUAGGAGGCAACCGAAAGAAACUCAAAGGAAAAAAAUUCAGGCAACGCUCGAACUCAACUGAGACAUUAUCUCCAGCCAAAUCCCCUACUUCAUCGACUGGCUCCAUUGCAUCUAGUAGGAAGUAUCCAUACCCCAUGCCACCCCUUCCAGACGAGGAGAGGAAGACUAAAAGGCAAAGUGCCCGGCUAUGGGAGACGUCAAUAUAGAGCGCUUCUUCCUCUUUACUUCGGAACUACUAGACUCAAUGCUUCCACUUUUAUAGAAAAAAAAAACAGAAUCACUCUGUGGACGUCCAAGAAUGACCUGCUCAUUACAACGAACCUUUUAAGAGGAUGCCGUUAACAUGUUGUGCCUCCCCUUUGAGCACACAUUCUCAGCUUCAGACUACAUUCUGAAGGAAACAGAACAUAUACAUUCUAUAUAUAAAUAUAAAUACAUUAUAAAAAACAAUCAGCAUGGCACUAAAUGUUUUGGAAGGGAAUAUUUCUGACCGCAAGCCCCCUGUCCAAAAAAGAGGGGUUCUCUUUUGAUUGGUGUUGCAUCGAAUGCAAUUAAAACAGAACUGUGAGGAUUUAUUUAAUAUAUUGAAGCACGAGAUCACUGUAGAAAUAAAACACUGUAUGCAUGAAACCGGUUUAUCAAUUUCUGUAGUGUUUUAAAGAACAAAACGCAUUAGAGGGUAGCAUGUGGGAGAUGGAUAUGAUGUAGGAUUUUAAACCCAAUUCGUAUUUUCGCUUCUUUGAUGCUCAACACAGUCUUUCUCAUUUCAGCGGUUAUAGGCAAGGUAUGAGCCCAGUUCUGUUUUAUUCUUGUGUUAUUUUUUUUUUUUUGCUAUCAGUAAUGAAUUGUAAAUAUGUACAGCUCUGAAACAAUCAUCAGACGGAUUCUUUAAUUCGUUAAAGUUUUUUUUUUUUAUGACUACUUUCAGAAGUGUCUUACUUUGCUAACAACAUUCGGCAAUAUUAACUUUAGGGGAUUUGUCUAAAAGCUGGAUAGAACAGUAUUACUAAGCUUGUAUACUAUUACUGCUUGUUGCUUUAUGCUUUCCCCUUCUCAUGCACGUAACUAAAUGUAACUUGGGGGGAAUCUAAACAUAUAUCACAGUACUGUAAGAAACAGGGAUUUCAGAUAGAAAGUGUGCAACAAGAUCUGAAGAACAAUGCAGUCUACUACUAAAUCACUGAUAUUUAAUGGAAAUGAAUAAUGAAUCAUGUUAGAUAGUUACAUCUCCAACACUGGCUUGAAAGGUUAAACUUUUAACAUGAUGUGACAACAGAUACACAUUUGGUAACACAGUCAGCAUUAUCUUGUUUAUAAGAAAUAAGAAAAAUAAUUAGAUUGCCUAUUUCUUGAUGCUAUUGCCUGGGUUAGCUAAACAUCUUGCAAUGUCAGAUAGAGAAUGCACUUUCACAUAGUCGUUUUACUGCACAACCUUUUAAGUAGAGCAUUUGAAAUAUUUAGCGCACAACAUAUGUAGGUAUCCUAUGUUAAUAGGACCUGCUUUGUUACAAAUUAAGUAAUUUUUUGUAACAUGGCAAGGGAACUUAAGUACAUCCUAUAUGUAAUAGCAGAUGCUUUAUAGCACAGUUCCACAACAAUGUGGAUUUGUGUAUACUUGUAGGCCGCAUUAUUAUUACUCUAAACAUAACAUUUUUUAACCAUAAAUGUAUAAACAUGAAACAAUAGCUGAAUGACUGAGUGGUGCUUUACAAGUAUACUGUAAGGGACUAUAAAUAUGUUUCUGUUCUGUUUGACAGUAAGUUACAAAUACUUUGUUUUUCAGUAUUAGAAACAAGAAUACAGCUGUACUUGUUUUUUAGAGGAAAUGUGGGUAUUUUUUCAUACCUGCUGAUUACCAUGCAAGUGAGUGAGUUCACAUAAAUUGUUAGGAAAAAAAAAAAAAACUCAUGGAACCAUCAAGCUUGAAUGUAUUACUCAUGUUACUAGACCUUAAAAAGUGUGUUCUCACCAAAGUGACUGGUAUAACACCUGCAUCUUUAA